UUUGGGCUUUUGGCCCUGGCUGCCCCACCAUGUCGUCUGCCUGGGACCAGUCCCAUGGCAGACACCCAGAGCGCUCGCGCCAUGUGCGAGCUUUGCGGCGCGUGGCGAAGCUGCACAACGUCGCGCCAGUGGCCGACAACGCAGCUCGCGCCAAAGUUGAGGCCUUGGCUGAAAACCUUUUGAAGCUGCGUCUAGAGCCCGACGAGGCAGAGGCAGUGGAAGCUGCUGUGAAGGACUUCCAGGCUACGUUUCGGCCGCCAGGCCGAGCAGCCGAAGCUCCGCAAGAAGAGGAGCCAGCGGCAGAGGAGGGAGGUGGAGAGGGUGCGAGCGGGAAAGUGUGGAAGUUUUCUGCUGUCCAGCUGACGUACAAUGCGUCUCACGGCGACUGGGUUGCCUCCAACACAGACCAGCUCCGUGACUUGUUUUCUCGGUUCACAACUUUUCUUGGCGCCGUGAAGCAAGAGCUGAGCGCCAUAGGAGUUCGGCCUCACGUAACGCCCAACACCGCCAGCGGCAAGUCCUCCCCCGGGGCCAUGAGGUUUGGGCACUUCUACGUGGUGUGCGACAAGAAGGGCACGCU